UGAUACGUCAUCACCGUGCGCUGAAGCUGUCUUGUGCCCUCUGCAAGGUUGGAGGAGUAAUAGACAACCGGGCACGGGGUUAGGCACUUUCUGUGAAGUGUCACAUCAUGUCGGGGUAUACUCCGGAUGAGAAGCUCCGGUUGGAGCAGCUACGGACUCUGCGGAGGCGCUGGCUAAAAGACCAGGAGCUAAGCCCACGGGAACCUGUCUUGCCCCCCGCUAAGAAGGGACCUGUGGAAAGGUUUUGGGGCAACUUCCUACAGCCGAAAAGUCUCUGGAGAAUAUAUACAUUUAAAGCUUAUAAUGCUGGUGUUUUCACCUUUACAAGACUGCUAAUUCCAGCCUGGCUUGUUCACUACUAUGUUAAAUAUCACGUACAGACAAAGCCAUAUGGUAUUGUUAACCUGAAACCCCGUCUAUUUCCAGGUGAUACAAUUCUGGAGACUGGAGAAGUUGUUCAACCAAUUGAAGAUGCACACUGUGACCAUCAUUAAAACGUUUGGACUUGUAUUCCCUUUUCUGAAUUAAAUAACUUGUGAAAAUUGUAAUUUAACAAUAAAAUCAUUAAAUAUA